ACUCAACGCGCGGAGAUUGUAUAAAGCAGACGACAUUUACACAAGCGUGGACAGAAAGUUGCUUAACGUCGACAAGUUGUGCGCAAGAUUUAAUACAUUAACAUUUGUGAAUAAAUUUUGAUCUCGGGAUUUUAGUAAGUGUAAAAUGGCGACACGUGCAACAAAAUCAGGAUUUGCGGCAGAGGCACAGGACAAGAUCAACUCCAAGUAUGACGCGGAGUUCGCCGCCUCCGUCAUGGCCUGGGUUGACAUGAGGUUAAAGCGGGGCGGACAACCGGGUAUCAACACAAACGGCUCAAUGGAAAACGUGUUCGAGACCCUCGGAGACGGAUUUAUCCUAGCCACACUGAUGAACAUCCUCGGCGAGAACAUCAAGAACGUUAAGCGGGAGAAGAUGGCGUUCAAGAAGAUGGAGCUGAUAAGCCAGUUCCUGGCGGCCUGCGAGCGUUACGGCCUCCCCAAGACUGAGCUCUUCCAGACUGUGGACCUCUACGAGAAACAGAACCUCAACCAGGUCGUCCAAUGCAUCGCGGCGCUUGGUAGAAAGGCCCACACUAAAGACGGGUUGGGUUUCGGUCCCAAGGAGUCCGAACGACAGUCCCGUGAAUGGACGGACGAACAGCUGAAGGCCGGACAGAACAUCAUUGGGCUACAGAUGGGCUCAAACAAAGGCGCGAGUCAAGCCGGUCAAAACUUCGGCAAAGCCAGAAUGAUUGUGGACUAGACACCGACUUUAAGACUUCACAUGUUAUUUUUAGUAACGAACACUAAUUGACAAUUAGGGUCAAUGAAGUGAUUUGACCGUGUAUCUUUCUCAAGGUCAUCUGUUCAGGCUAUUAAAUAUGAGUAUGCAAUAUUCAAAAUAUAGUCAUUAUGUGCAAACAAAGGAGUGUCAUGUAAAGGAAUGCAAUAUAUUUAAAUUAAUUGCCAUUUGCGGAAUUCACAACAGCUUGGGAUUUUUUUGUUAAUAUGUGCAUCCUUAUCUGACAAAACGAAACUGUACAAAACUGUUAGUAACAUAUUUAAUUUUUCACAAGGAGUUGUUGUAAUAGGUGAUUAUAUAUAUUGCUUUCAGUUGCUUUCCAAUUUUGAAAAUGUGCCUUUAAAAAUUAAUAAUUAUCAGGCGUUGAUACCUUAAAGAAUGCGUUUUGGGAACAUGUUUAAGUGCUCACGAAGCUAGAGAUACGCAAUAGGUAUGGUAUUGUUAAAUUUGUUUAUGUUAUGUUGUUUUUCUGAUAUGAGCAUUUCGGGACCAGUUAUCAAAUGCUGUGUUUUUCACUGGUGGGACCAACAAAUAUACAGGACUAUAAAGUUUCGAAUCUCACAUUACCUUUCACAUUAUUUUUGUCGCUGAUUCGAAAAAAGCGCAAUUCAUUUCUGUCUCCAACACGCUAAUAUCACACAGUUCGGUUCUGCUUCAAAAAAGCAAACUACAUUAGAAAAAUAGAAAUCACCACUUUAAAGGCAACCAUAUCUACCGUUACCUCAAAUGUGUACAGUAAUGGCAAAUGAAUGGAAAUACACAAAUCUUAUAUAAAUCCCCAUUAUUCUUCAACGCUGCUCUUUAAAAUCAUUCAAACCAAAAAUAGUUCAUUAUCCGCAUUUCAAUCAAGCUGGAUUUACUUAAAAAUAUGUAUGGUUAUUCCGUAUCUUACAACUUACUACAAUGUCAUAUUUGUCUGGUUUCUCUGUUCAUAUGUCCAUUUUUAUUAAAUGUUUUACUUUGUUUGUAAUGAUAAAUUACGAUUAUUUCUUACAACUAUGUAGUAUGUAUUUUUAUUAUACAUGUUAACAAAUACAUACGAAAUAAAAUAUGCAACAUUGUA